AUGUUUACAAUGCGAUCCCCAAAAUCGGAGACCAGUUCAACCACUGAACCCCCAACUCUCUCCUUCGAAACAUCGGAAUUAACCGAGUUCGCAAGUGUCUCAAUUGCUGAUCAUGUCGCCACCGCUCCCUUCAUUGUGAUGCGUCGCCCGAAGUACCAUCGUGGCAGCAUUUAUUGUGUUGCAUGGAGUCCAGAUGGACGCUUGAUUGCUUCUGGGAGCAACGAUACCACAGUUCGGAUGUUGAGCGUCGAUCCCACCACGGGACUGCCCGAAGCAGCGAACGGAGACCCCAGCGUGGCGAAUACGGCGGGUCAGUGUGUGGAAUUACGGCACCACGAUGGCACCGUGCGUGAUUUGGCUUUCUUG